AUGAGUAGUUUUGGAAGACGCAGCAAUGAUGCACAUGAAAACUAUGUCAUGAACCAUCAGAUCGCCCUCCCCAUUCCAUACAACCAUGGCGAUAACCACGAAUUCGGGGUCAACGAAUCCGGACAGUAUCAGUUCCCACAACAGUCCUUCCAUCCGUUCACUGCUCAGUUCAAUGCACCUUAUGGGCACCCGGGAAUUCCAUUGCACGCACACCAUCUGUCUUCGCAUACAUCGCCCGGGCACUCCAUGUCAACGGUAGAUCAUCCGGCACUACAGCACCAUCACCAUAAUCAUCAGGUGCAGUACAUGUCACAGCCACGUUAUCUACAAUCCCCAAGAUAUCUACCUCUCCGCGAAGCCCUCGGUGAGACGGAUAUCGAGAGCCAGGAAUCCCGGAACGAGAACACGAUGCUUUCGGAGCCCGUUAUUCCUGCGCUGGAAGGGUUUCCCGAUGUGAGAGAAUUCGACCAAUUGAUGAAAAGUUACGUCGAUGACCUAUCAGUCAAGAAGCAAGACAAAGCCCUAAUCCAUGCAAAGAGGGCACGGAAUAUCAGGACAGUACUAAUAGAUCCCAAAGACACUGCCAUUGAAUCGGCCCAAUUCCGGUUUUGGGUCAAGAAAAUGUUCAAACUGCAAGCAGUUGGCACUGCGUCCUCAGAUUGCAUGAAGAUGAUUUGCCACGAAGGAAAACCGGUAGCCGUUCGAGAAAAAUUGUUCAAAAUCCUCACCAAGGCACAUCAACAGUGCCAACAUGGCGGUAGAGACAAAACCUCGGCCCAGGUUCGACAGUUCUAUUCGUGGGUCCCGAAGGAACUUAUUUCGCGCUUCGUCAAGAUCUGUCCAACCUGCCAAGUGCGCCGAGGAGGAUCGCGCCUGACACCUCCUAAUUCAAGGAGAAGCUCACCCCGACUCGAAAUAGCACCGCGCUCUCCGAAAUUGCCGUCGCCACCUAUAUCAAGGCGCGAGUCUGCCAUAAGCCACCAUAUCCAGCCGGAAAGAACCCAAGCAGAUUACUUCAAUAAUUUCAGCGGCCAUACAAGCUGGGUGGACAGUCAGCGUCAGUUGCAGGGUCGACAGAACAUGGGCCCCAUCCGUUCAUUUGUUGGCGGGACUGUGAAUCAUCUCCCGGGACCUCUCACUGGGACAGUGGAUUCUUUCCACAGCGACAUAUCAACGGCUCCCGCUCAGGUCAAUUACAACUCCGGGUAUGCUUCUACUCAGGGUGCGCCCAGCCAACGGGACUUUUAA